AUGGCUUUCUUGUUGGUCUGGUGCGCAGUCGGGACUGCAAUCAUGACCAUUUUCCUGUCUCCAAUACUGCAGCAGGGUCCGGAUAACAUGAAGUUAUUGCGCAAGUUUACUCGGCCACUCAAACGUCUCUAUGGCAUCAGGAUUGCAGUGGAAGGCUCGGAGAACUUGAAUAUGAAGGGGCCGUACGUGAUCGUGUGCAACCACCAGACCUACCUUGACCUCUUUGGGAUGAUGGAGAUACUCCCAGAUCGCUGUGUGCCUGUUGCCAAAAAAGAGCUGAGGCAGAUGGGCCCGCUGGGCUAUGCCUGCUGGUUUAGUGGCAUGAUUUUCAUCGACCGCAGGAAGAAGGAUGAGGCCAGAGAGAUCUUAAGGCAGGCUGCACAGACCAUGCUGCGCGAGAAUAUGAGGAUCUGGGUUUAUCCAGAAGGUACCAGGAACAAGGGGAAAACGCUGUUGCCCUUCAAGCGGGGGGCAUUUCAUCUUGCGGUGCAGGCCCAGGUCCCCAUCGUUCCCGUUGUGAUCUCUUCUUAUCAGGACUUCUACUGCUCCAAGAAGAAGAAGUUCACUGCAGGGAAUCUUAAAAUCCGGAUUUUGCCCAAGGUAGAAACGCAAGACCUCGGUCCAGAGGACAUCCCAGCGCUUAUGGACAACGUUCGUGAAAGGAUGCAGGAUACUUAUAAUGAAAUCUGUGGGGAAAUGAGUGGGGGGAAAGAUGCCAGAAAGUGA